CUGUUGAGAAAUGCUAAUGAAACUCGGGUGUUGUGAAAUUUAGUAAACAAUCAAAGAGUAGAGAUCGUUUUACUUUUUCUAAUUCCACCUCAUUGCAUCAGUUAUCUUUCAAAUGAAAAACCAGCUACUAGGACAUAAAUGAAGCCUUCUUAAUGGAGCUAAUGAAACUUCGCUAUUGUCAAUUGUAGAAAAUACGAAAAACAUGGAAAAAGGAACCAUCAAAAAGUAAGCAUACUUUUACUUUUCUAUCUCCACCUCCUUGCAUCAAUUAUUUUUAAAAUGAAAAACCAGUUAUUAGGAAAUAAAGGAAGCCUUCUUAAUGGUGCUUUUUCUAUGCUUGCUUCUCUUCUUUACAACAACAACUUUGGCACUAAACACUAUACCUCCAGGGCAAUCCAUAAAAGAUGGUGAAACUCUGGUGUCAGCUGGUGGAAGCUUUGAACUGGGAUUUUUCAGUCCCAGAAAUUCCAAGAGUCGAUAUGUGGGAAUUUGGUACAAGAAAGUAUCAACUGGGACUGUUGUAUGGGUUGCCAAUAGGGAAACUCCAGUUUCUGAUGCCUCAGGAGUUCUCAGUAUCAACCACAAUGGAAUUCUUUCAAUUAUGAAUCGCACCAAAGGUAUUGUUUGGUCUUCCAAUACAUCAAGAAAUGCAGUAGAGGAGACGAUUGCACAGCUCCUGGAUUCGGGAAAUUUCGUAGUGAAGGACCGAAAUGAUAGUGAUCCGACAAACUUUCUUUGGCAGAGUUUUGAUUAUCCUUGCGAUACCUUUUUACCAGGAAUGAAGCUUGGGAGAAACUUUGUCACCGGUUUUGAUUGGCAUAUAUCAUCCUGGAAAAGUAUGCAAAAUCCUGCUCCAGGUCUAUAUUCUAUCAGGACCGAUCCGCAGGGGUUACCGCAGUUCGUUCUUAAGAAUGGAACUGAAAUAUUGUUCAGAGCAGGACCAUGGAAUGGUGCUUAUCUUUCAGGAAGAACACUGCCUACAGUUAAUCCAAUAUAUUCGUUUGAGUUUGUCUGGAAUGAGAAUGAGAUCUACUACGAAUACGAGGUCCAAAACCAUUCUGUCUAUACAAGGUACUUAUUGAAUCCAUCAGGUCUAAUACAACGCACCAUAUGGAAUGAGAGAAAAAAAGACUGGGAGGUUUUCGCCACAUCACAAGUGGAUCAGUGUUCGAUAUAUGCCUAUUGUGGACCAUAUGCCACUUGCAACACCAAUGAAUCUCCACCAUGUAAAUGCUUGGAAGGGUUCCUGCACAGAUCAGCAUCUCCCGAGGAUAUUAAUUCUGUAGACUGGUCAAACGGAUGUACCCGAAGGACACCAUUGGCAUGUGAAGGUGGAGAUAGCUUUCUCAAGCAAACUGGACUAAGAAUACCAGACACUUCAAAAUCUUGGGCUGACCUUAGCAUUGAUCUUAAGGAGUGUGAGAAAUUGUGUUUGAAGAAUUGCUCUUGCACUGCAUACACAAAUUUAGAUAUCCGAGAGGGAGGCCGUGGCUGCUUGCUGUGGUAUGGAGACUUAACUGACAUCUCAGAAUUAAAUGAGGGUGGGCAAGACCUUUAUAUCAGGCUGGCCACUUGUGAUCUGAAUCAUAUUCAAAACAAAGGGAAGACAAAAGAAAAGCAAAAGGCAGCAAUCAUUGCCAUCUCUGUCAUAAUAACCAGCGGAAUGAUGCUACUAGCAUUGUGGUUGUACGUUAGGAGGAAAAAGCUCAGAAAAACAGGUGAACAUGGAAAGGAAGAUUUAGAAUUGCCUGUGUUCGAUUUCGCAACCGUAGCUACGGCAACUAAUAACUUCUUGAGCAACAACAUUUUGGGACAGGGUGGAUUUGGUCCUGUUUACAAGGGUACAUUGAUUGAGGGACAAGAAAUAGCGGUGAAGAGACUGUCAAAGAAUUCCGGACAAGGACUGGAAGAGUUCAAAAAUGAAGUAACAUUGAUUUCCAAACUUCAGCAUCGUAAUCUUGUAAAGCUCUUUGGUUGCUGCAUCAGAAGAGAUGAAAAGAUGUUAAUUUAUGAGUACAUGCCUAACAAAAGUUUGGACUACUUUAUUUUCGGUUUGAGCCUUAUAUCUCAGAACCUCCCCCUCCGGUGGACAUUUUGUUUCUUUUCUGAUGUCGUUUUGUUGAGUGCAGAUCAAACAAGAAGCAAAUUACUGGUCUGGCGUAUCCGAAUGCACAUUAUUGAUGGAAUUGCUAGAGGGGUUCUUUAUCUUCAUCAUGACUCUAUAUUGAGGAUUAUCCAUAGAGAUCUCAAAGCAAGCAAUAUUUUAUUAGAUAAUAACAUGAACCCAAAGAUAUCAGAUUUUGGCUUGGCUCGGAAGUUCGGACUAGAUCAGACUCGGGCCAAAACUAGAAGAGUGGUUGGAACAUAUGGUUAUAUGUCACCUGAAUAUGCCUUGGAUGGGCUUUUCUCAAUGAAAUCCGAUGUAUUCAGCUUUGGAGUUUUGGUUCUGGAGAUACUAUCAGGAAAGAAAAACAGGGGAUUUUCCCAUCCGGAACAUGACUAUAAUCUUCUUGGACAUGCAUGGACACUGUGGAUGGGAAAGAGACCAUUAGAACUAAUCGACACUGCAUUCGGUGACUUGUACAACGCAACCGAAGUGUUAAGAUGCAUCAAUGUAGGUCUAUUAUGUGUGCAACAAAGCCCCCCUGACAGACCAAACAUGUCAUUAGUAUUGCUCAUGUUGUGCGGUGACAGUGUAUUGCCGCAACCAAAGCAGCCUGGGUUUUUCAUUGAAAGAAAUCUGCCUAUGACUGACUCUAUAUCAGAAAAAAAUGAAAUGUUCUCAAUAUAUGAAUCUACUAUUACAUCAUUAGAGCCACGAUAGUAGCUUCUCACAUAAAUUUAUGGCAUAUUUUGAUAAAUCAAUUAGGCAUUGAUUCAUUCAUAUAAAAGAAAGAAGUUAAGAAAUUUAUAAAA